AUGGCAAACUCUAGGGAUGGUGAUUUUCCAGGACUUCCUGAGGAAUUGAUUUGCCAAAUCCUGAUUUGGGUCGCUGUCAAAUCCCUGAUGAGGUUCACAAGCGUAUGCAAACUUUGGCUAUCCAUAAUUCUGAAUCCCUUGUUUGCCAGGGCUUUUCAGGGAGGUUCCAAAGGUCUUCUCCUUGUCCACCGCACCGGCAGCAUACCUCAUUUUGGCAGCAGCGAUUUCUUCCUCAUAAACUUUCCAGAAGGCGAUGCGCCGACAAACAUAUCUUUUCUCUACACCAUGGAUUUCGGACCCUUGGUGAUGUCCUCACUAGUGAAUUGCUUCGUGUGUCUUUACAAAGGCGACUGGGAGUCGUAUCUGUUCAACAUCGCGACCCGGAAAAUGAUUUGCCUUCCUGAUUCGAGAUUGCACGGUUGUAGCCGCUGCAUUUACCAUCUUGGUUUUGAUCCCUCCAGCCAAAUUUACAAGGUCCUGAAGACCUGCUACAGUAGCAGGAAAGGUCGUAUGAGGACCGAGAUUUUAACUAUGAAAGCUCGUUCGUCGUGGAGACGCAUUGAUUCUCCCCCUGGAGAGAAAUGUAUAUUUUCUGGUUUGUGCAGGAAUGGAGUUCUGUACUGGACACAUACAGAUGGAAGUCCUGAACCAAGCCGUCUGCUUUGUUUUGAUGUUGCUCAAGAGAAAUUUCGGUUCAUUUCUCAUCCUAAGAAAAGCUAUUUUCAUUUGUUGUUGUUUGGACCAAAUCUUGGGUUAGCCUCAUCAUCCAGACUUCGCGAUUCUUCUCAGGAAACUCUGAUGUUUUACAAUGAUGAUAAUCAGCAAAUUGGCAGUGGUAGCAGUGGACAGAGCUCUGGUUCUUGGAGACAGCAUGUAUUUCGCCUCCCAAAAUCGACAGGAGAACGCGAAUUCAGUCCUGCAGGUGUACUUCCGAAUGGAAAGGCGAUUUAUGUUGAUGAAAAUUCUUGGAAUUGGGAAUUUCCAGUGCCAUUUUAUUUGUCCGAUCUAAACAAAGGGGAGCUCGAGAAGCGAUUUAUAUCAGACUGUUCUCCAAGGAUUACUGAAUUCGAACGGGUUGAACGCUGGGCUUCUCGUGGCGGUUUCAAGGGCCUCCUACUUUCCAACCUUCGAUACCCUUUAACUCCCUCACACCCCAGUAUCGAUUUCUUCUACUUAAACUACUUGGAGGAUGAGGUGACAACAAACAUUAUUCAUCACUAUAGUAUACCUACUGAAGGGAAAAUGAAGUCCACCCAGCUUAUGAAUGGCCUAAUCUGUCUCUACUUUGGCAAGUAUUCGUGGGUUUACAAUAUUACUACUAGAGAAAAGAUGUCUCUUCCAGUUUCCGUAAAUGAAGAUUAUAGAGCAGUUUACCAUCUCGGUUUCGAUCCCUCAAACAAAGUCUACAAGUUACUUAAGACAAAUGAUGACCUCCAGGUCGAUCAGAGUGGGUAUCUUGUUCGUAAGACUGUGAGAAGUGAGAUUCUAACUUUAGGUGUUGAUUCGUCGUGGAGAAGCAUUGAUCCCGCACCUUGGGUGAUAUUGAUUGCGGGUUCCUGCAUCGAAGGAGUUCUGUACUGGAAUGACACGAAGAUAAACCAUAUCGGCAACCAACUUAUCUGUUUUGAUCUUGCUCGUGAAGAAUUUCGGGUGACUCCUCACCCUCAGAUACUUGGGUUAAGUUUGUUCUUGUUCGGACCAAAUCUCGCACUGGCAACGCAUGACUACCUUCCUGAUUCUAUUCAGACGACAAUGCUGUUUUACAAUGAUGAUAAUAAUCGUCACAUUGGCAAUGGUGAAAGUGGAAAUAUCUCUUCGUCUAGAAGGGCUUGGCAAGAGCAUGUAGUCAAUCUCCCAAAAGAGGAAGAUUCAGAAGAAACGUAUGCGUUGUAUGAUCCAAAUGGUGUGUUACAAAAAGCUAAAUGGCCAUCAAUCAAGGGUCUCAUGUUGUCUUGUUGA